AUUCUCAAAGUACUUCAUACAGUACUUGAUGAACUUUAUUAUAUUGAAUUACUUAAUCAAGAAGCAUGGUUCAUGGCUCAAGUGUGUGUGUUCGUGCAUCCGUACACAUGUGUGUGUUCACCUCUACCCCAGAAACAAUUGUUUGUUGGCCAUCUUACUGUUUCUUCUUGCAUGUUUCAGGUGAAUCUCUGUAGCUCAUACUUAUUAUUGAGACGUGCAGUGGUAGCAUGCUUACAUCAGCUUGUGCAAAGAGAAGCUGCUGAGGUAUCAGAAUAUGCUGUUGCAUUAGUUAAAGAGAGCAGAGAAGAUUUCACUCCAGAUGUUAACAUCAGAGAAAUAGGCCUGGAGGGGGCAUUGCUGGGCUUGCUGGACAAAGAAUUGGAUCAAAGAUUGUGCCAAGAUAUCAAAGAGACACUGACUCAUAUGCUUACUUCAAUGGCAGUUGAAAAGCUCUCUUUUUGGCUGAAGCUUUGUAAAGAUGUUCUUGCUGCCUCAGCUGAUUUUAACACAGUAGCUUCAGUAGAUACCACUCAAGAAGAGGAAGCUGCUAAAGUGGAUGAUGCAUCUGUAUUAACAUCUGACAGCGAUGAAAGGUUCCAUCCUUUCAGUAAUCCACGAUGGUCCACCAGAGUUUUUGCUGCAGAGUGUGUUUGUAAAAUUAUAAACCAGUGUGAAAAUGCAGACAGUGCACAUUUUGAUGUAACUUUGGCUCAGGAAAGAAAACAACGUGAUUCAAGAGAUGACUUUUUGGUAUUGCAUUUAGCUGACUUGAUCCGUAUGGCUUUUAUGGCUGCAACAGAUCACAGUGAUCAACUUCGUCUUUCUGGGCUUCAAACAUUGCAAAUUGUUGUUCGGAAGUUUGCAGCUGUUCCAGAACCAGAGUUUCCAGGUCAUGUAAUUCUGGAGCAAUAUCAAGCCAAUGUUGGAGCAGCGCUUAGGCCUGCCUUUGCUCCUGAAACUCCUCCUGAUGUCACAGCAAAAGCAUGUCAGGUAUGCAGUGCCUGGAUAGCAAGUGGUGUAGUAAGUGAUCUUAAUGACCUUCGAAGGGUUCACCAGUUGCUUGUAUCCUCUUUGGUCAAAGUGCAGGCUGGGAAAGAAGCGCAAAAUCAACAAUAUAAUGAAAGCACCUCAACUAUGGAGAUACUGGCUGUGCUUAAGGCUUGGGCAGAGGUUUACAUAGUUGCAGUUGAAAAGCAGAAAAAUCAAAGUGAUGCACAUAAUCACUGUUUAAAAAUUGCAAACUCUGCAGAAGAAAGCUACAGGGAUGUAACAUCUUCAGCCACUGAUCUUCUGGACUUAGUACAGGCAGAUCUUGGAACAUUAAGCAAGCUCUGGCUUGCUGCGCUUCAGGAUUUUGCUCUCUUAACUUUGCCUUCAGAAUAUGCAUCACAACUACCUGCUGAAGGUGGUACAUUUUAUACAGCAGAGACAACUGAAAAUGCCAGACCUCAUUACUACAAUUCCUGGGCACUGAUACUUUAUGCUACAGCAUUAUGGCUUACUAGCACAGGUUUCAUUGUUGCUGAUCCAGACGAAGGAGUUAAUAAUCUCUCUAGACCUGUCACCCCAACUACAAUGUGUCAAGAUUCUUCUACCAGGCCCUUGGUGAAAUCUCCUGAGGAUAUGAAUACUGACAGAUUUCAUCUUAUCUUGGGAAUUAGUGUGGAAUUUCUCUGCUCUCCUCGAUCAGAUGCGGCAAUGGAGAACAUUCUUGCCUGCUUACGUGCCCUACAGGCUAUCUUUGAUGUUCCAUGGCCAAGGUCUAAAAUAGGUGGUGAUCAGGAGCUGGGUGUAGAGCUGCUGAAUGUUUUGCAUCGACUGAUACUGACCAGAGAAUCACCUGAUAUUCAGCUUGCUGCCCUUGAAGUAGUUCGGCUGAUUCUUUUUGCAGCUCAGGAACAUGUGAAGGAAAAGCGGAGAAGUGCAGAAGUUGAUGAUGGUGCUGCAGAAAAGGAAACGCUACCAGAAUUUGGAGAAGGCAAAGACACGGGAGGACUGGUGCCUGGGAAAUCAUUAGUCUUUGCAACACUGGAGUUGUGUGUUUGUAUUCUCGUCAGACAGCUUCCCCAGCUCAACCCUAAAUUAACUUGUAGCCCUGUAGUUCAAUCUGGAAAACAUCUGAUAUUGUCAGAAGAUGGAAGUAGACUGGUAGUGGCAGCAUUAGUUAUUCUCUCUGAUGUUCCUGCAAUCUGCUCUCCUGAAGGAAGUGUUUCAGUUCUUCCUACUAUCUUGUACCUAAUUAUUGGCGUACUUAAAGAAACUGCUGUGAAAUUGCGAGAUGGCCAGUUACCUUUGACGGUUGCUGCAUCUCUACAAGCUCUUAAAGGACUCUUGUCUUCUCCAAUGGCUCGAGCAGAGAAGAGUCGGACUGCUUGGACUGAUCUUCUCCGUAGUGCUUUGGUCACAGUGCUUGACUGUUGGGAUCAAGUAGAUGGCCUUCUCCAAGAACUUGAUGAAGUUAGCCUGCUUACUGCUAUUACAGUAUUUGUUAUGUCUACCAGUCCAGAAGUUACUACCAUAGAGUGCCUUCAAAAGCGUUGUAUUGAGAAGUUUAAAAUAACACUUGACUCAAAAGAUCCUCUUGUACAGUAUAAGUGCUACCAACUGCUGCACUCCAUCUUUCAGCAUCCAAACAAAACUGUGUCAUAUCCUUAUAUUCAUUCUUUAGCACCAUCCAUUGUGGGAAAACUGCAAGAAACAGAAAAAGCAAAGCCUGAAAAUGCUGCUGAACUUCGAGUCAUUCAGGAGGGAAUAAAGGUGGUUACAGCUCUUACAGCCACUGCUGAGGAAGAGCACCGUGCUCAUUUGGUGGCCGGCCUUCUUCCCAUCCUUAUUUCCUUUCUUUUGGAUGAAAAUGCCCUGGUUUCUGCUACAAACUCGGCAAAAAAUCUACAUGAGUUUGCUUUGCAAAAUCUGAUGCAGAUUGGCCCACAGUACUCAUCAGUUUUUAAAAAACUAAUGGCUUCCUCUCCAACUAUGAAAGCCAGGCUUGAGUCAGCUGUAAAAGGCAAUCAAGAAAGCAUCAAAGUGAAGACUGCUAAACAUGCAAAGAAUCCUGGGAAAAGUUCAAGCAUUCAGCUAAAGACCAAUUUUCUUUAAAAUUUCAUAUUGUCAUUUUACACACUUUGAUAUCAACAGCAAAAUAACAUCCCUUUUAAUUUCUAAUCGGAGUAGGAUCACUAUGAGUUGACCUCAUAUUUCAGUUUGCACUGAAGUAUUACAGAAAGUUUUUAAGAGAAAGCAAGUCUCUAGAUAACUUUCUGUUAUGGUCAGACUUCUUAAACGUCUCUGAACACUAUGCAUAAGUCUAUCAGAUGUCAUCUAAUCUGUAUUUUUGGAUUAUUUUGGACUAAAAUACCAGAAAUGCACAUGCCUAUA